AUGUUCGGGUUCAAGAAGGAACCAGCCGUCCAGGCGCAAGGCGACUUUGGCUCGGAUGCGCCCUAUGUCCAAAAUGCGGAAACGGAUUUGGAGAAUACAGGCAAGAAUCGAUGGGCGAAGCUCUGGCCGGUCAUGGCUUGCGGAGCUGGUCUUUUCUCCGAUGGAUAUGUGAACAACGUCAUAGGUUCCGUAUCAACAAUGCUCGGCCAGAUCUACGGCGCCAGAUAUAAAGGAUCCAGUGCCCAGAAGAACAUUUCCGCCAUCACAUUCGCUGGUACUGUACUCGGCCAGCUCAUUUUUGGUUAUACCAGCGACAAGUGGUCGAGAAAAAACUCUUUAUUACUCUCGACCGUUAUCCUCAUCGUUUUCACGGCUCUUGCAGCAGGAUCGUACGGCGCCGGUGGCAGUCUACAAGGCAUGUUUGCUGCUCUUACAGCAUAUCGUUUCCUCGUCGGAAUUGGUAUUGGAGGAGAGUAUCCAGCAGGUAGUGUUGCAUGCUCUGAAGCCACGGGAGAGCUCAAGUCCGGCACAAGAAAUCGAUGGUUCAUCCUUUUUACCAAUGUCAUGAUCGACUGGGGGUUCGUCAUUGGUGCUUUCAUACCUUAUCUCCUCGUGGUUAUUUGCACAGAAAAUCAUCUGCGUGCUGCAUGGAGAAUCUCCUUGGGUUUGGGUGUUUUGCCCCCCUUGAUUUUGCUGUGGUUGCGGAUCAAGCUCCAGGAACCCGAGGAGUUCAAGAAGGAGAGCAUGAAAUAUGUCAGAAUUCCUUACCUAUUGGUACUUAGAUACUAUGGAUUCAGGCUCUGCAUCGUUUCCCUGGUUUGGUUCCUCUACGACUUCUCUACUUAUUCCUUCGGUAUCUUCUCGUCAACAAUUCUCGCAAAUAUCUACGGAGAUACAGCUCCACUCACAACAGUUUUCGGGUGGAACACAGUAAUCAACUUGUUCUAUAUUCCUGGUGCUAUGCUGGGUUCCAUUUACUCAGACAAGAUUGGUCCCAAGUAUGCCCUAGCCUCUGGUGUAUUUGCGCAAGCUGUGGUCGGCUUCAUCAUGGCCGGUCUAUAUCCAACCCUUGCCAAACCCGAGAAUGUAGUUGGGUUUGCCGUGGUUUACGGAAUCUUCUUGUCGCUUGGAGAACUCGGCCCAGGGGAUAAUAUUGGACUGGUUGCAUCGAAGACAUGUGCUACAGGAGUCCGAGGACAAUAUUAUGCUAUCGCUGCUGCGAUCGGGAAGGUUGGUGCCUUUGUUGGCACCUACAUCUUCCCAUAUAUUGAGGCGGCAGGAGGAAAGGGCACGAAUGCUUCUGCUCAGUAUCCUUUCUAUGUCUCAAGUUGUUUCUGUGUCCUAUCGGCGUUCGUGGUCAUGGUGUUCCUCCCCUUCAUCGGGCAGGAUACCAUCACGAAAGAGGAUAUCAAGUUCAGGGAGUAUCUCACAAGUAAAGGGUGGGAUGUGAACCAAUUGGGUUUGUUGAAGGGCGAGUCUGUUGAGAGCCGGGCUGCUGUUGCGGAUGCUAUUAAUGCUGAGCAUGAGAAGGAUGCGAAGUCCGAGUAA